CGCAGAUAUCAGGAGUGUGUCUAACGCUUUCAAUAGCUCACAAGUCUUAAUUAAUCCGAAACUACAAGAAAUCGAGAGUUUCAAAAACAGACUUCCAAAAGAUGGACUGGACUAGCUUUAACUAUCACCAAGGCUGUAAAAAGGGUCGUGCCUAAGAAAGAAAAAAAUGAUGCAUUCCUACAGUAUCCAGCUAGAACAAUAGCUGAGUUAAUCUCAAUCGAAGAGAUAAGUAUGUGUCGGAUCUAUUGUACAAUCUAUCAAAGUAGAAGCUAUUAAAGCGGAAGGUGUCGAUGAACCACCAAAGCCAAAGUUUUGGUGCGAGAUUUGUAACAACUACUCUAAGUCUGUUGUUCCUAAGUACAAGCUACACGUUCAUAUCAUGGACAACACCGGGAAAUCCAAAUGUAUGUUUUUUGACAGUUUUGUUAAAACUAUGAUUGGAUUCUCCGCAACAGAGUUACUUGGGGGUUCCUUGGAUGAGCUAGAGGAUCCAGAAAAUGUGCCUGACCCAAUAAAGAAUUUGAUUGGGAAGACAUUCCAAUUAUGUCUUGCUAUUGGAAAGGAGAACAUUUACGGCCGUUAUGAUACAUACAAAGUUGCCAAGGUUUGGUCAGAUGUUGAUAUGGGGUGGGCGAUUAACAGUGAAGGGUCUGAAUCUUCCGUUGACGCAAAUACAAUUCCUUCUGCUAACGAGGAAGUAUUGAUGAUCACUAACAGUGCUGGUGACCCUGAAGUUGGUAUGUACGCCAGCUCAACGCCAUCAUCGAAACGUAAAUCAGAUGACAGUUCAGAUGGGAGUGAUAAAAAAUCUACGACUAAGAAGCAAUGCCCAGCCAUCCCUAAGAUGCCAACUCUUGAUGAUAAGAAAGAUGAGAGUCCCAAUGAAGGAUCAGUUGUUGGAGUGGCCAAGGAAGAGGAUGUCAAGAACGGAGGGACUAAGUAAGCAUCAUGUUGUAUUCACCUCCUCAACGUUACAGAAAUUUGACUACAGCUCGGUUUAAGUUUUUUUGGUUUUUAUUACAGUUACUAGGAUUUCCUUUUAUUUUCCCAAUUCAA